CAAGUAGAGAGCAAGCCAGGAGAGAUAAGAGCUCACAGCACAGGGCUCCGGGGAAGGGAAAGCAGCGCAGGAGCCGCCUUAUCAGUCACACACAUGCAGCCUGGGAGGAGGUGACAGCACUACAUCAGACCGCAGCAGCCUCCAUCCACCGAGUCACAGACUGGGACAGCGCAGCGCACUAGCAGGCAUCAGCAGGCACGGGACACUCAUCAUGUACGCCAAUGGGAAAGUGGCACUGGUCACCGGGGCUGCACAGGGAAUUGGAAGAGCUAUGGUGGAGGAACUUCUACAGAAAGGAGCUGCGCUGGCAAUGGUGGACCAAAACUGCAUAGCGGGUGAGCAGUGUAAAGCCUCCCUUGAUGAGCAAUUCGGAAGUCACAGGACGUUGUUUAUCCAAUGUGAUGUCACAGACCAAGAACAACUGAAAGAUGCAUUUCAAAAGACAGUGAAACAUUUCGGAAGGUUGGACAUACUAGUGAACAAUGCUGGAGUCAAUAAUGAAAAAGACUGGGAGAAAACUAUAGAAGUGAACUUGAUUUCUGUCAUUAGAGGAACCUAUAUUGGCUUAGAACUCAUGAGCAAAAAGAAUGGAGGUCAUGGAGGUGUCAUAAUCAACAUAGCAUCGUUGGCAGGGCUCACACCAGCUGCCUACCAACCAGUGUACUCUGCGUCAAAGCAUGGGGUAAUUGGAUUCACACGAUCAAUAGCUGCUCUGUCCUCUAUUGGAAAUUAUGGUGUGAGGAUAAAUACAGUGUGUCCGGCAUUUGUAGACACACCACUCCUGGAAUCCAUUGACAAAGAAGAAAAUAUGGGAGUGUAUUAUAAGUACAAGGAUAACAUAAAGGAUAUGAUGAAAUUAUUUGGUGUACUAGACCCAUCACUAAUAGCCGAAGGCUUGGUAAGACUCAUAGAAGAUGACACCGCUAAUGGCGCAGUAAUGAAAAUCACAACCUCCCGGGGAAUUCACUUUGAAGAAUUUUCAGCACAGCAGAAGACAAAAGUGUGAAACGUUAACGAAAUAACAAAAUCACAAAACAAAAAAACGUUAACAAAAACAAAAGCUGUAACUAAUAUACAUGUUGCUCAUAUAUGGAAAAGAAAAAUGUAAAAAAAAAAAAAUAUGCACAAAUUUUGAGUGAAUGCAGGUAUUAAGUAUCAAUCGUAUAUGCAUAUUCUUGAGAACUUUUGACAUAAGUGCUUGAAUCAAUAUGCAUAAGUAAGUUCUCAAGGCUGGUGAUAUACCUUUCAAGUUUACCAGUUUUCACCGAAAUUUUGUAGUUUCCAACAGCCACAUAGGAAGUGCUCUAAUAGAAAGUGGUAGCAAUCUUACUGGAAAAGGUGUGAGAAGGGCAGAAUAGAGCAUUGCCGUGUGGCUUAGGGGUCUAUUCAUUAAGCAGUGAAAAGUGUGGAGAAGUGAGCCAGUGGAGAAGUUGCUCAUGGCAACCAAUCAUCAUUGAAGUAACAUUUAUAAUUUGCAUACUAUAAAAUUGUAUGGACCAGCUAAUUGGUUGCCAUGGGCAACUUCUCCACUCUUUUCACUGCUUCAUGAAUAGACCCCUUAGUGUUGUGGCCCAGUGUAUUCAACUUUCCACUGUGAAAUGUUGGGGGAGUAUAAUUUUUUACCUUCCAUAUAAUUUCCAGACACAAAGAAGACCUUAUUUGGAAAGCACCUAGCAAUGCCUCAAUUCUUGAGUUACAAUUAAAGGCAGGGAUGACAAAUUCAGUUGUGGGCCUGCUGACUACAAUAGACUAGGAAGCUCCUGAAAUAACCCCAAUCUUGCUGAUAAAGGAAAAAUAAAUAAAUUCUGUAGAUAACUUUAUAAUACAGUCAUUACCAAUAGAAAUGUGGGCCUGGUCUUAUGUGUCUAGACAUAUAUUUGUACAUACUGUACCUUGUAAGUUUCUUGACACAGUCACAGUAUGUACUGUAUAUGCAUAUCCUCCAACUGCACCGAUUUAGCCGGUACAGUACCGUUUAUUUAUGGUCUGUACCAGUGCCGGAUUAAGUCUUUUGGGGGCCCGGGGCACUUAAGAUAGGGGCGCCUCUCCCUCACAUCAGCACCGCACCCCUGGCUGUGGCCACUGUGCCACCUCCCCAUUUGCAGGAUAUAUAUAUAUAUAUAUAUACAUAUAUAAAAUCAGCUCCAUGUGUCUGGCACUGGCAAAUGGUGACAGGGUUGGUAGACCCAAUAGAUGCAUAGAGAUGACAGGUUGCACUCAGCAGACUUGUUUGCAGUUUACAAAAACGAUUUCGGGCUUGUGUCUGUUGUUGGGCACAAUAUUAUGCCUGACAAUGGGUGCAAGCCUGAAACAUAGGAAUAUAGGACAAUUUUAAAACAAGUCAACAGACUGCAACCUGUCAUCUCAAUGCAUAUAUACUGUAAGUGUGUCUCUCUUUCCCUCUCCCAGCAACUCAUCAUAUCCACCCCUUAUAUUUUUAAUGACACCCCAUCCCUUAUAUAUGAUCCCCACCCCUUAAAUAUUUAAUGAUCACACCUCAUCCCCACUUUGUAAAUAUUAGUUGACUGCACUCAAUUCCACUUUAGAAAGUAUAUUUAACACCCCUCCAUCCUCCCCUUCCCUCCCGCGCACACACACACAACUUUAUACACUGAUCUCUGCUCAGGCAGCGUCCAGCAAACCUCCUGCUCCUCCUGACAGAUGCACAGCGCCAGCAUCUUCUAGUAGUCACCAGCGCUGCUGGAGAAGCAGGGAGCAUGCAGCGACGCGUCCCGCUGCGGGUACAGACAUAGGUGCAGGGCAGGCAGACGAUUGAACUUUUCGCCAGGCUCCGCCAUCAGCAGCAGCUUCUGCACUGCUACUGCUGGAAGUCUGCUGCUGGUGGUGAAGCAUGAAGAGAAGUAGAACCGUCACUGUACAGCAGCUCUGGACGGGGGGCCCCAUUAGAGAGUGGGGCCUGGGGUAACUACCCCCUGGGCUCCCCCCCUUAAUCCGGCACUGGUCUGUACCGACCUAAACAGGGUCUGUACUGGGUGCAGUGUUUCCUGAUUGCUAUAGAUGUCUAUAGCACCACUGCAGGGUAUUAUAUAUAUAUAUAUAUAUAUAUAUAUAUAUAUAUAUAUAAUUUUUAUUUAUUUUUUGUAUCAAUUUUGCAACUCCAUGAAGGCAUGUACUGUUAAUACAGUAUGUGUGUUAAUUUGUAUGAUCUAGAUGUCUUAGUGAUACAUCAUUCUUCUGGUGUAGUUUCCCCCAGGAGUACAUUAUUUGCACCAAAUAUCAGCAAUUAAUACCCAAACUUAUGUUAUCUUCUUUGUCACACAAACAAUCAUAACAAAUAUAACAGUAAAUGCAUUGGAUGGAACUUUUGAAUCAAUGAACUUGUGUGUGUUGGAAACAUUUGCUACAUUAUACAAGAAAAUCCAUCAAUAGUAUGUGGUAUUCUCUUUUCCACAUUUGAUCUAAUUGAAUUGUAUUCAUAAGUGAUGGGUAACACGCCCCUCACCCCAAUACUGGAAGUCCAAGAAAACAUUCUUCUUUGUAUAUAUGAGACACCUUCCUAUUUCCCAGUGAUCCUGAUAGUGUUAGAUAGGUUCAUGUGUGGCGUGUAUGGAUGGUGAUAUCUUCUUAUGUAAUCAUUGGUGUGUAUGAAGUAUGCUUUGGUGAUCUGAUGUCAACAUUGUCUUCAUAAUCCCAGUUGUCUCUGUGAGGAGAAGGACCCUAGAGAUGGGAUGGACUAUAAACACUUAAUUAGUGCCUUUUACUAUUAACAGAAGUCAUGGCAUACUAUUGUAGAUAAUGUUUUAUAAUGUAUUAUUAUGUCCACAAAUAAUGUAUCCCAUAGGUUAGGCAAAUAUAGGAUUUUACAUAUACUGUGAAUGUAGAUGACUGAAAAACAUGUAUGCAUGUCAAAGGAAAAAAAAUGAUAUGUUAAUUAAACUGGCUUUAUCGUGUACUAUAGUACAAUUAUCAUGUACUAUAGAACAAUUAUGUGGCAAUAAUUAGCAUUCUAUUAUUGAUUAGAAAAUCGCAGCUAUAUUCAUUGUUGAAUAUUGUAACAAAUGUACAUAACUAAAUUAUAUUCUUUAUGACUAUAAGGGUGGUGUCACACAGGUGCCUGUCAUGUUAGAGCUUUAAUAGCUUUCAAAGUGCUAGUGCCUAAUUUGUACAGCAUUUUUAAUUGCAUCUUGAAAAAUAUAGCAUCAAUGGCCCUCAUUCCGAGUUGUUCGCUCGUUGCCGAGUUUCGCUAUAUUGCGAUUAGUCGCUUACUGCGCAUGCGCAAGGGUCGCAGAGCGCAUGCGCUUAGUUAUUUUACUCAAAAGUUAGGUAUUUUACUCACGGCAUAACGAGGAUUUUUCAUCGUUCUGGUGAUCGGAGUGUGAUUGACAGGAAGUGGGUGUUUCUGGCCGGAAACUGUCCGUUUUAUGGGAGUGUGCGAAAAAACGCUGGCAUUUCUGGGAAAAACGCGGGAGUGUCUGAAGAAACGGGGGAGUGUCUGGGCGAACGCUGGGUGUGUUUGUGACGUCAAACCAGGAACGAAACUGACUGAACUGAUCGCAAUGGCUGAGUAAGUCUCGAGCUACUCAGAAACUGCAAAGAAAUAUCUUUUCGCUAUAUUGCGAAUACUUCGUUAGCAAUUCUGCUAAGCUAAGAUUCACUCCCAGAGGGCGGCGGCUUAGCGUGUGCACUGCUGCGAAAAGCGGCUAGCGAGCGAACAACUCGGAAUGAGGGCCAAUGUACUGCCACGCACAUAGCGGGUUAUUGUAACUUUGUUGUGUUUUACUCGCACCAACUAGAAACUUUAUAACUCAAAACAUUAUCCUCCCUGUAUAACCUACAUACUAUUAGCGUGCAAAGUUCUAACAGGUCCGCGUAGAUAAAUGAAUCGACCUGCAUAUGUGACACAAUCUGCUCAAGCAUAAUGCAUAAUGUAUUUCAGUUGGAGAGUAUUGUGAUUGAGUGCUUUACACACUUGUCCAUAAGCAUGCUCUCAGUGAUUGAAAAUCACUUGAGCAAGGAAAGCUUCCGGCAUGUUCUUCAUUUUAUCUUAAGAUUUAAUUUGGAGCAAUUAGACACUGCACAAGAAAAACAGCAUUGGGGCACCACCCAAAGAGAUAUGUUGUGAUAUACGGUAUGUGAUUUUUUUUUUUAUGUAUUUGAUUAAUAAAUGCUUCUGAACUGUA